CCGCGAUCUGGGCUCUUGCAUGCAUCGUUCUGCCGGCACUAGAGCCAGGGAGCUGAGAACGGCAGAGAAAAAAAAAUUUAAGAUUCGUCUCGGCCUGAUCGACACUUUGACAACUCCCAGUCCUUUGAGGCUGAAUGGCUUUGUCCGACGCUUCUUGUUGGGCCGAGGCUUCUCUUCGACCGGGGGAAACUUGGACUGAAACCUUGCGCGGCUGAUAUGAGAUGCGAUGCGCCGGCGGCAGAGGAGUUCCACGUCCGUCCAGUCUCUCUCUGCCCACAGGCCGGCACGGCACUACCUAGUACUGAAAGUGACAAGAGAGAUCUAGAGCCACACCAUAACCAAACCCUUGGGAUUUUGAGUCUAAGGACCAGCCUCGUGAUCUACGACCCGGCGAACUCGGACCCAGGUCGGUAUCUGGCCGCUUGCCCCGGAAUCGCGGCCCCGAAGCCUUUCCGCGGCUCCCUUCGCUUUCGCUCCAACUCGCACCAAGUACCGCGCGAAACUUCCCACACUUCCCUUUUGAUCCGCGAGAUUCCAUUUCUGGUGAAUAAGGCAGCAACAGCAACACAGACGAAUUGCCAAAUCUUGCCGCAUCCCGUCCCUGACUGCCGUGCCGCGCGACGGAUGUCGGAUCAGCAACGUCAGAAUUCGCCGCCCUGGAUAAGAGGACGGAUAGGCUUCGGGGUUUGAGUUGUCAGUUGCGGGAUUCCCUUUGCCUCUACUGGUAUCUGCCGAGGUGGUCCCACGGAUACCCCUCCUGUAGUAAUUGAAUUGAAUUGAAAUCAACCCCUCUCUCCAUAUUGAAAUAUUGACCAGCUG